UCCUAGUAUGGAACCCAACAAAGUCCAGUCAGAGGGUGGGCUGAAUGUGACCCUGACCAUCCGGCUUCUCAUGCACGGCAAGGAAGUUGGAAGCAUCAUUAAGGUUGCCAAAAAUGUAUCAAAAUCCCCACCGAAAGGUGCCACCAUUCCCUACCGCCCAAAGCCCGCCUCCACCCCCGUCAUUUUUUCAGGUGGCCAGUCCCCACCGAAAGGUGCCACCAUUCCCUACCGCCCAAAGCCCGCCUCCACCCCCGUCAUUUUUUCAGGUGGCCAGGUAAGAGCCGACCCGCUGGCGGCGUCCGCAGCCAACCUCAGCCUUUUACUGCAGCACCAGCCACUGCCUGCCUACACAAUUCAGGGACAAUAUGCCAUUCCAAACCCUCAGCAGUUGACCAAGCUCCACCAGUUGGCUAUGCAGCAAACCCCCUUUACCCCCCUCGGACAGACCACCCCUGCUUUCCCUGGUCUGGAUGCCAGUCCCCCGGCCAGUACUCAUGAACUCACCAUUCCCAAUGAUCUAAUAGGCUGCAUAAUCGGGCGCCAGGGAACCAAAAUCAACGAGAUCCGUCAGAUGUCUGGAGCGCAGAUCAAAAUAGCUAAUGCCAUGGAAGGGUCAUCAGAGCGCCAGAUUACCAUUACAGGAACCCCCGCCAACAUCAGCCUUGCCCAGUACCUCAUCAACGCAAGGUUCAGAGACGUGGCCGCCAUGUGGAAUGACCCCUCAUCAAUGACUACAUCCUGAAGCCCCAAACUGCUUUCAUUAUCUGAAGCUAUCAGCAGCUGAUUCCCAAUAAACAUAUAUAUAAUCUUCCCUUAGAAUUCACCAACCUUUCUCUUAAACCCCAUGGUUAACUUCAUCAGUAGCUACAUUCAUGUAGGCAGACUACUGACAUAAAAAAAAAUGGUAACAAAGAAAAGCAGGACAACUGUAGUAUGAUUUGUUCAUGUUAUGCAGUGUUUUAGUGUAGUAUUUUAGCAUGCCGAAUGCUUGAAUCUUGUUAAAUAUUUAUUUGAAUAAAAUGUAUUUUAUUUAUUAGUUCAGUAUGGUUGCUGCAUAAGUCUUGUAGUUUGACAGCAAAGAUUAAAAAAAAUACAUUUAAAAGCGGAUUGCAUCCAAUAGCAUUUUCUGGCAAUGCUGUUGGCAAGGAGCUAGUGAUGUGAUGCAGAUGUUGUAACGAAGUACAAACGCAUGUCAGAAUCGAGGAGGUGCUGGAAACUGUGUUUCUUUAGAAGCGGAAGAGAUUUUAUUUUUGCAUUUGAUGGGAGCUUGAUUGUUUUCAGCUUAACUAAAUCGACAGUGAUGCAUGCUUAUUACUUGACGUGGAGAGCAACAAGGCGGAAAAAGCUAUCAUUCUUGUACAGAAGUGUCAAAUGCUUUCAGAAUUAUUUUAUGUUAUUUAUUUUUUCUAUCUUUUCCUUACUCCUCCCCUUUUUCCUCUUCCCUUAACUAUUCUAGGCUGACGUCUGAGGUCACUGGAAUGGGCACUCUCUAAUUUCUACCCAUGAUCCUUCACUGCAUCACAUGACCCUUGAGCCAAUGGCAUUGCACCUAGUUUGUUUUCUCUCUGUACUUUUGCUGUCCUGUAUUUUCAGUAAUUCUGACUCAUUUCUAUUCUAUAAUGUGCACAUAUUACAAAUCUCAGUUUGAUGUUUCUCCUUCUCAACCUUUGUUGUGCUCCCGAUGGUCCUACUUUAUAAUUAAGACACUUAACUUUUUUUUGACUCUCUAGUACCUCAUGUCACCGGUGUCCUGUUUUGCUAUCGCUUUCACUGUGAAUUCACGUUUUCCAGUCUGUAUUCUGUGGUGUGGUACAGCAAAGCCAAUGAAAUCCUCCACUUUCCAAUAUUUCAUUAGGUCAGAUUGAGUUUAAAGCAGCGGUCCUGUGCUUUGCUCCAGGGCUUUGCACACCGGGAACCUUAUAACAGUGCAUCUCAUACACGAAUAAUAAAACCGACUGAUGGAGUUGGAAUGUUUGCACCACACCUGUACGAUUUGUUUGCAUCUGUCAUUGUGGCAUGCAGAGUAACACAGAGAAUCCAUUAUUAGCUUCUUGUAUUCACUUUCAGAACUGAGAGGAAGAAGAAAAUCAGUGUGAAAACAAACAAUAUGAGGAUGUAUAAGCCGCGCUCUCAGUUUUACUGCAUGCUGAGACAUUUCAAUUCAGCCCACAAUCUAAGUUUAAGUAAUUGAAUAUAAUACAGCAGAAUUAUUUAUAGGAUAUUUUUAUAUGCAUCGUGUUUUUGCAGUAGUAUGAGAAAUACAGUGGCUUUAUUUCUUUGGAAGUGAAUACAGAUGUGCUGAUAAUGAAAUCCACCC